GGAGUUUUCACGGUUGUUUACUUCCCGGUGCUGAAGUGGUUUCUCGUACUAGCUCAGGCUCACUCCCCCGAGGAAGUUGGCAAUUGAUUUGUUUCCUGUGAUGAGGUGGUGUUCUUGAUGAGGUGGUGUUAAUUCAAGAAGGUUCAUUGUAAAUGUUCGAUGUAGACGAGAACCCAAGCCCACCUGGGUUUGUCGUGAACUCAGGAUGGACCCACCCAGGUCGUGCUAGGUUCGUCGGGAACCUAGGCACGAGCUGGGUUGGUCUUGGGUUCGUGAAGAACCCAGCGCGCACCUGGGUUCGUCAAGAACCCAAGAUGAAUCCACCCAAGCCUGGGUUCUUCACGAACCCAUGAACAAUGAAUCCAGGUCACACCU